AUGUCGUCAUGUCAAACAAUACUAUUAAAAAAUCUUUAUUUGAGUUUAGAAAAUAGUUCACAAAAAGCAGAUAAAUCAUUUAUUCCUGAUGAUAUUACAGAAGAACGUAUACAAAAACAUUUUGAUGAUACAUUUGAAGAAUUAUUUAUUGAAUUAGAAAAAAAAUAUGGUGAAAUUGAAGAAAUGAAUAUUUGUGAUAAUUUAUCUGAACAUUUAGCUGGAAAUUAUUAUGUUAAAUUUCGUUUUGAAGAAGAUGCUGAAAAAGCUGUUGCUGAUCUAAAUAAUGGAUGGUUUGAUGGACAUGCUAUUUAUACUGAAUUGAGUCCAGUUACUGAUUUUCAUGAAGCUUGCUGUCGACAAUACCAAAUGGGAUUUCAAAAGAUUUACGAAAACGAAUAUGAUUGA